AUGGCAGGAGGCGCAGAGAGGUUCCUGAUGCCCCCGGUGCCCCCGGACCUCUUCAUGCAGAUGUGCCGAGAUGCUGUCCGUGCUAAUGCGGACUGGGUGCCUCCAACAGGCAAGGGCUCCUUGUACAUGCGACCCCUUCUCUUUGGCAGCGGACCUGCGCUGGGAGUGGGCCCGAGCCCCGAGUUCACCUUCGUCAUCUACGUGGCGCCCGUGGGGAGUUACUUCUCCGGCAGCGGAGCGCGACUGCGGAUCGAGCGAGGCCACCACCGGGCGGCCGAGCUGGGCGUUGGAGACGUGAAGGCUGCGGGCAACUACGCGCCUUGCUUCAGCCCGCAGAAGGAUGCCAAAGCAGCAGGCCAGAUCGGCGGCAACAUCACGCAGCCGGCGGUUUGGACCGACAUUGACCGACAGCUCUUGAAGCCGCAACUGGCGGUCGGCCUCGGCUGUCCAAACACUUCGAUCAGCUUAGUCGGGGAAAUCGUGGAGGUGCCCACCGAGACGCUUUCUACAUUGGACCGGUAUGGCCGGGGAGAUCGGGUCGUCAAGCUCUCGUUGAGCGGCACAAAGUUCCUCACACUGCGCUCGACACUUGCACACAGCGCGGUGCUGGACAGCAUCGUGACGCGAGCUGAGACCAAUGAAGAUCUCGCGAAUGAUGGUGCCAUCUUCGUUGAUCGAGAUCCAAAGCACUUUCCGAUUAUCCUCAACCACUUGAGGAUGAAAGCGGAGGGCCGCGAAAUCUUUCAAAACCCGUGCAAGUGGGUCCAGGGGAAGAGCCACGCACCCAUGCUACCCAGAGACACCGCUGAUCUGCGAGACCUCCUUGUGGAGGCAGAGCAUUAUGGACUUCCAGAGCUUCGCAAAAGGAUCCUGUCGAAGAGGAAGCUGGCGAGGCUCUUUAGCGUCAUGGCGGGUAGCUCAGGCAACCCCUUCGACAGUGCCACGCGUGUACUGAUGACGAUACGCAACACAACUCUGCUGCUGGGAACGGGGCUCGCCAGCAGCCAGGUCUUGCUGAGCCAACUGAAAGAAUCCAAGGACCCCAUGCAAGCCUUGGAUGCUGUGACCAACUUCACGGCGACCCGCUUCUCCGACAUCCUCUACUUCGAUCCCAGCGGUGAGCGAGUGGAAGAGGCUGCGGCGAGCAAUUUCUUCUGCAUUACUGAGGACGGCGUCUUGAAGACACCUGAGCUUGGUACCAUCCUGUCCGGGGUAACGCGCGACUCCAUCCUGCAGCUGGCCAGGAAUAUGGCGGCUUCUGGUGAGCUGAGUGGUGUGCAGGAAGGCACGGUGACCUGGGACGAUAUCCUGUCGGCGAAGGAGGGCCUGUGUAGAUUUGCCGUGCGACUCGGCUGCGUGAUGGCCGAGACAGUUCGGAUGAAUGGCUUCGUGAAGGCAGACGUACAGCUCACGCCAGGAGAGAGACCACUGUUCGACUACAGUUGCUUUACUGGAGGUUUUGCAUCAUGCUUCAAGUAUUUUUGCUUGCCUCCUUGCUCGUCUCGCUGUCGCAUGACGGUCAAGAACAUGAGGAAGCAGCAGGCGAAUCUUCCAGUCGACGUGGCUGAUGCGCGGAAGAAAGAGGUAGAAGAGGGCUUGAGCAAGCAUGACUUUUUCGAGAAGUACGGCUUCGUCCUCCUAAAACAUCAGAGCAAGAUGACUGCAGAGGACUGGCUGGCAGGCAGCACGAAGCCCUCACCGGAAACGUCUCCUGGGAAGCCUUCAUCCUCGAAGGUCCGUGACAGCUAUGCUAAGGAGAUCGAGCCACUGAUCCGGGAACUCUUGCCGAAGGCCUCCGAGAUCUCUUUUCCAUCAUUCGCUCUGCGCCGUGGACCUGGUGGGCCCAACCCCUUUUAUGGUUUCGGGGUGCACCAGGACUACGGGUUGUAUCCCGAGGACAUGAAGACGACCUACAAGAUAGCCUACGCGGACCUCGAAGGCAGCUUCGAGGAUUUUCUGGAGCGGUGUUAUCACGAAGACACCGCAGGAUUCUCGAUCAUAAACUUCUGGCGCCCUGUGCCGCCCAUGGCAGGCCCAGUGAAAAGCACACCCCUGGCAGUUUGCGAUCCCAGCACGGUGAAGGUCGAGGACUGUGUGCCGAUAGAGAUGUACGGCUUUGUUCCUGGAGGUCAGCGCAGCUUGCUACUCAGGCAGAAUGCGGACCAGAAGUGGUACUACUACCCAGACAUGACCACGGACGAGGUCUUGGUGUUCCGACAAUUCCACUAUGAACGAGGCAUGCAAGCCCCUUACCACCGAAUCAAGACGGUCUUCCACACUGCCUUCAAGCAUCCGGGGUCCUCCCCUCAGGAUGAGGCUCGCAGCAGCAGCGAGUAUCGGCUGGGAGUGUGGCUGAAAUAG